AGAAGUCGAAGCUCACUGGGGGAUAAAAGACUGAUAUCUGACCGAGUAAGUGCGCUCGACAGCGGUUGGAAUCGACUACACCAGACUCGGAGGACUCCGCGGCUGCACAAAGUGCGAAAGGUGGUGGAAUCUUGAAACUGAUGAAGAGGCUGUUCCUUGGCCGGAUAGAAAGGGUUGCGCAUGCACAUUUCUCAAAUCCGAGGCGUGCAGGGCGCUGGUUUGCUGAUGUUGUGGAACAAUGGAAGCCGCACAAGGUACCAGCGUAGGGCAAGGUCGCGCUCAGGCGUCGAGGCAGUCCCGUGUAACAGCAUGUGUAACGAUAGAACAGAAAAUUUGACAAUACGACAGUAUGUCUUGCAAACAGGUUCCCGUAGACAAAUCGAAAACUCGUGCAUCUGCGGUCAAUACAACGCUUGAUAUAGCUGCACGUUUGCUCUGAACAUGGAGACCAAGACGGACCUUUCAGAAGUCGAGAAAGGUGCGAGUGAUUAUACCAGCAAGCAAAGGAGUAGUCCUCGGUUUACCACUUGGUUGAAUGAUAUCGUCCAGAAGGCCAGUGAGGAUCGACCGGAAGAGAAAUGGCGACAAACCAGGGUACUUGAAGUCGAGUCUAAUCCGGAAGGCUGGCCCAGACUGGCUGCUGUGAUCGACAGCGACGCAAACUUCAUGAUAUUCCGCAAGUUCGGGUAUCUGAGAACAAGGCUCCUGGUCUGGCACCAGGACCGUCUGCGGGAGCUCGAAGAGCUGCUGGGAGAUUUGGACUUGGAAGAUUUCAAGGAUGACGCAACAAGGAGGGCGCUGUGUUGUCGUCAAGGAGAUGAUGGAAGAAGUCCUCCCAAGAGGAAAUUGCUGUUCCAAGAGCUGAGCCGAGAAAUGGAGUUAUAUGAUGACCUCCUCAAGCGCUGCGCUGACGCUCAUCAGUACGAGGUGCCUAGUGAAAAGGCUCGUGAGGCCAUGGCAGGUCUUAUCUGGAACGAUGCUCAAUUGAGUCACCUUGACAGGAGUUACAUCGAACAUGUCGAUGAUCUGGUCGCUAUCUGCAGUGACAAGGAGUCUGGGAGUAUCCAUGGCUUGCUGCUGGACCUUGCCCGAAAGACCUGCAUUGGGCGGUCAUUUAUUCGUUUUCUGCUGAGAGGGAAGACGCAAAAGAGGAAGCUUCGCGGUGCAUCGGUCUUGCACCUGGAACUGUUCGACAAAAGACGAUUCGACGGACUUGUCGCCUUUUUGUUCACCAUGGUGGUCGUCGUUUCGCUUAUGGGCCCUAUCAUGAUUCUGUACCGAAUCAGGGCUUCCAACGGGUAUCUUCAGCUAGCGGUCGCGCUGGCAUUCACGACCAUGUUCGCCGGGUUGUGCGCGUCUGCAACAAGUGCUAGGAGGCAUGAAAUCUGUGCAGCAACAGCAGCGUAUUGUGCCGUCCUGCUGGUGUUUUUGGCGCAAAGCAAUUAG